GCCUCAGUCAAACGCCACUUGUUGCUCUCGCUGGCUGUCAUCUGUGUUAUGGUGACAGGGGAGGCUUUUUAUGUCAUUGUUCUCAGCGCUAAUGAGUCAGAAGAAAAUAACAUUUGCCAUUCGGUCAUUGUAUGGAGUUUAUCCUUACAAGUCCAGCAUGAUUAGCUUGGAGAACCUUGGAGACCCAUCGGCUAACUGGGACAUAGUGGAGACCAUCGGUAAAGGCACGUAUGGGAAAGUCUACAGAGUGACCAACAAGAAGGAUGGAAGUCAGGCGGCAGUCAAAGUGCUGGACCCCAUCAAUCAUACGAGGCACUCCAACAGAGAUGUGGAUGAGGAGAUAGAGGCCGAAUACAACAUCUUCAGGUCUCUGUCCAACCACCCCAAUGUGGUGAAGUUUUACGGCAUGUUUUACAAGUCUGAAAAUGUAUCAGGCGGACAACUUUGGCUGGUGCUAGAGCUGUGCAAUGGCGGUUCUGUCACAGAGCUCAUCAAAGGGCUGCUGAUGCGAGGCCAGCGUCUGCAGGAGCCUGUGAUCGCAUACAUUCUGUACAGCGCUCUCCUGGGUCUGCAGCACUUGCACAACAACCGGAUUAUCCAUCGCGAUGUCAAAGGCAACAACAUCCUCUUGACGACUGAGGGAGGAGUCAAACUGGUUGACUUUGGGGUUUCCGCCCAACUGACCAGUGCCCGACUGCGAAGGAACACGUCUGUCGGCACCCCGUUUUGGAUGGCUCCCGAGGUCAUAGCCUGUGAACAGCAAUAUGACUACUCCUACGAUGCCCGCUGUGAUGUCUGGUCUCUUGGCAUCACUGCCAUUGAGCUGGCUGAUGGAGAUCCUCCACUGGCCGACUUGCACCCUGUCAAAGCCCUCUUCAAGAUCCCACGCAAUCCUUCCCCGACACUGAGAAGUCCGGAGCAGUGGUGCAGAAGUUUCAGUCAUUUCAUUGGCCAGUAAGUGUCGAAAAGACUGCACAUGAUUAUUCACCCACCUCAGAUUUGGAUGCCUUGAAGUUGAUCAUCACUAAACAUAGUCAACUUGGAAGUGAAUGAAUGAAUGCAGUGAUUGAGUUAUGUACUGCUCAUCUCAUGAAAAAUAUGCAUGUUAGGUCUAUGGCUGACUUUAAAUUGAAAUGAAAUGGUGGUUUGUUCCCUGGUAUGUGUGCUUGUGACCAGUCCAGGGUGUACCACAACUCUUGUAGCAAGUCAGCUGGGAUAGACUCCAGCUCACCUUUGGCCCUAAUUGAGACCAGCAGAAAAACAAAAAUGGAUGGAAGUGUAAUUUCACCAAUGAGUACAUAUUGUAGUGAUGGACAUUGCAGUAGCAUAUUUAAUUGACAUAUAUUUUAGGUCUGUCAAAAAUAUGAAUGUAUUCAUCAUCAAUAACACAUAAAAUAUUGUAUAAUACAUGUAUAAACACAGAUUAAUAAGGCAAUUUAUUUUGACCGUACAUGCUCCUUUACUUAAUGGUUACCUAAAAGGUGGUGUGGGUCGUCUGUGAUCAGGUCUGUGAUCAGGUCUGUGAUCAGGUCUGUGAUCAGGUCAGUGAUCAGGUCUGUGAUCAGGUCAGUGAUCAGGUCAGUGAUCAGGUCUCUGAUCAGAUCUGUGAUCAGGUCUGUGAUCAGGUCAGUGAUCAGAUCUGUGAUCAGGUCAGUGAUCAGGUCUGUGAUCAGGUCUGUGAUCAGGUCAGUGAUCAGGUCUGUGAUCAGGUCUGUGAUCAGGUCUGUGAUCAGGUCUGUGAUCAGGUCUGUGAUCAGGUCUGUGAUCAGGUCUGUGAUCAGGUCAGUGAUCAGGUCUGUGAUCAGAUCUGUGAUCAGAUCUGUGAUCAGGUCAGUGAUCAGGUCUGUGAUCAGGUCUGUGAUCAGGUCAGUGAUCAGAUCUGUGAUCAGGUCAGUGAUCAGGUCUGUGAUCAGGUCUGUGAUCAGGUCAGUGCAAAGAAGAGUGAGGAGACUCCAACUGGUGUGCUCACUGGCAAGUUUGACUUCAAAAUACAUCUUGACAUGACAAUAAAUACAACCGUUACCAAGGUUUUGAGCAAUUAAAUGACGUGCAUUCAAGUAAAACAUUCAUUUUAAUUUGAAAAUGAAAUUUUGACAAUGAAAUUGCAAUUUAAUUCUGAAUAAUCCCAAUUCAGAAGUGUGAUUAAUCUGGUGUAAAAUUGUAAUCAUUUGACAGCAUUAGUGUAAUAAAUUUAGUACUAAUGAUUAUUAUAAUUUUAAUAAUGACAUUAUUAACAACAAUAUAAACAAUAUUUACACAUACCAUGUAAAAAUACACUUAUAUAUAUAUAUAUUAAUAUAUAU